GGAGGAGGAGGAGGAGGAAGAGCAGACUCACACUGGGGGACGCUGUUUUUGGUGAUUGAGGGGACCUUGUGCGACUCUGAGCAUCUCGCUUCGUCCCCCACCUCCCCUCCUCCGGUUUUGGAUUUAACGUGUCAGAAGCCCCCCCGACGUCGGCACCUGGAUUUUAUUUAUAACCCAGCAGAAAAAUUGGAUGGGACGCGCACACGGGCAAGACAAUCCCGGAAAUAACAUGCGUACUCUCAGCCUGUCACGUACGCUCGCAGAGGAUUUGCAUUGCUGCAGGCUGCCGUAGAUCUCAAAAUGUUUCGGGGACGGAUGCAAACAAACGCGCAGCUUUAGAGGUGAUUUUUCACGAGAGCAAUGGGCGAAAUCGUAAAAGCCAGAGGAGGACAUGAAAGUUGCAGCUUCAGCAGGGCUCUUGUGCAUCAGAGGCAGCGGCAGCUCAGCUAGAAAAUGAAGCGAGGACGUGGAGUACGUGCGCACCCAGCAGAUGACGAGAUGAAAUGGAGAGUUUGGGACAGACGGACCUUUUAAGCCCAAGCUCUUCCCGCGGAUCCGUCUCUGUUUCACCCCCGCAGGAGAGAAGGACGAGCGGCCAGCAGCUCGCCUGUGCGCCGGCAGAGAUCCACCACCACAACCAGCACCGGGCGGACAUGGGGCUGAACGGAUUCUGCGCGGCGCCGGUGGGGAGCCCGACGGCCGCGGAGUUACUGGCCGGUCUCGCCUCUCAAACCGACUCCCCCGGAAUCACAACCCCGACCAAGCAGUCCAAAACCGGCGUGCCGCUCUACAACGGCGGGGAGGUGUCUCCGUCUGCCACCGUGGAGGGGAACCACUCGGGCGUUCUGGCGCACACGCCCAAUGGUUACCAAGUGAAAGUGGUGGCGGGGCAGACUGGUUCCCCUGGGUGUCCUCUCACCAGCAGGGCAUGUUUGGUGGAGAAUGGAGACCGGACUGCUCAUGAGAAGCUGCCUUUAGUGGUGAGGAGGAUCAAUGGGGACUUGAAAGCCAGACAGGCUCAGCAGCAGCAGAAGAGGAGAGGGGGGGAGAACUGGGACUUUGGGGCAGAAACUCAAAAUGGUCCUUUAUUAGGGUCGCCAGGGGUAGGAAGCUCCGCUGACCCGCUGUUUGCUUCAGGAGAGGUGGACUUUAAACGGAGGAGGCUGGCGGAUGGAAGUGUUGCAAACAAAUCCUCAGAGGCCUCCAGAGUGACCCGAGCAGUUGCCCCUCUCACGGUCACUGUGAACAGCUCCCACAGCAGCCAGCCUCUGGUCCCACACACUAACCAGUACAAUGGACACAGGGGGGCAGCUUUGGGCCUGUCAGCUGCACCCAGCCAGACCUCCAUCCCCGCCCCGCCGCCUCAAGCGGGGAGCGGCUGGUCGGCAGAGCACAUAGCCCAGCAGUUCAUCGUCCCCUGCAUGAAGUACUACGGCAUCUGCGUGAAGGACAACUUCCUGGGACCCCAGCUGGGCGACAGGGUGCUGGAGGAGGUGGAGGUUCUGAAUCGCAGUGGGAAGUUUCGGGGCGGGCAGCUGGUGAGCCAGAAGAGCAUCCCGUCUCGGAGCAUUCGGGGCGACCAGAUCGCCUGGGUGGAGGGGAAGGAGCCCGGGUGCGAGAGCAUCGCGGCGUUGAUGGCUCACAUUGAUGAGGCCGUCAUGUACAGCGCUGCUAAUGGACAGCUGGGGAGCUGUGUCAUCAAUGGACGCACUAAGGCCAUGGUUGCUUGUUACCCAGGUAACGGCGCAGGGUACGUCCGCCAUGUUGACAACCCUAACGGCGAUGGACGCUGCAUCACAUGUAUUUACUAUCUGAACAAGAACUGGGACAUCGAGACACAAGGAGGUUUGCUGCAGAUCUACCCAGAAGGCAAAAAUGUGGUAGCCAACAUCGAACCUCUGUUUGACCGGCUGCUCAUCUUCUGGUCUGACCGCAGGAACCCACAUGAAGUCAAACCAGCCUAUGCCACUCGCUAUGCCAUCACAGUCUGGUACUUUGAUGCCAAAGAGAGAGCAGAGGCUAAAGAGAAAUACAGAUUGGCAACAGGACAGAAAGGUGUUCAAGUGCCUGUCACUCAAAACAGCAAGACUUAAAUCUCAUCUAAUGGCUGGGGAGCACUCUCGAAGUAUUACGUGCCUUCCUGAACCGCUAAUGGACGUUGCGAUCACAAAGGGAGACACUGUUAAACUGUCAGUCGUCGCUGCAGCUCCACGACGCUCUCCUGAAUGUCAGCUGUCAGAUUCACAUCACAGGCUGUGAUGUAAUAUUUUCCUGCCGCCAAGUCGGGCUGCUGAUCAAGGACGUGGCAGAAAUACAGAGCACAGUGGACUGGCACAGCUGAAAUGAGAAUUGCGAGUCGUGGCAAAGGAAGAAAAUAACUUCAGCGUCUCAUGUAAUCGACCAUGAAGACAGAUAACUGAAAAAGAAAACAGAAUCCUUAAUGCUUUUUUCUUGCAGUUUUUCCUACUCAGUUAUCAGUGAUGUUGUGAUGUAUUGAGAAAUUAAUGUUUUUGCUCUGCUCUGGUGUAACUUUUAAUUCACACUCAAGGAGCAUCAGUGAUGAAAAAGUGGGCAGACAGUGUGAAACAAGGGGCACAUGCAGUAGAAAUCAGUGCCCUGAAAUUCCUUAACACCCCCUGGUCUGUGAUGUGGCCCCUUGUCUCAUGAUGGGCAGAUGUGUACAUGUGGUCAGCGUAAAGACAGAAGAUAAAAAGGCAUCAUGUGAUUGUUGGCCGCAACGCAGUGGAAAGUUUUCCCUGCGGCACACGUUCAAUCAGUCUCGGCCGAAGCACUAACCCUAAACAUAACGGCCAUCUGCUCAAAACGUAUGUGCAUGAGGACAAUUCUGCACUGUAGUUUCACUCUGUAUAGCACUUAGUAGAGUAUUUCAGGACUUUAUCUGGCUCAGAGUACAACAUCUUUUGCAGCGGCCUCGAAAAAGACAAAGAAUCCAGCAUGAGUGGUUCUUUUUUUUUUUUUUUUUUAAGUAGUAGUUCCAAUGUGUGUGACAGAUUUUCAAAACUGAUCCUAGAGUUACACAAAGCUUUUCUACUGAUGUGCAGUGAUCUCUGGCUGAAAUACACAGCUCACACUUGAGACAAGAGGUAAGCUGUUCAGUGACAGGGGUCAAAAACAGGGUUUGAAGAAACACAGUGUGGUUUGUUUGUGUGUGCGUGUGUGUGUGUGUGUGUGUGUGUGUGUGCGUGCUCAUAUGCGUGUGUACAGAUCCAGCUUGACUCUUACCUGGACGCUGUUGAACAAACCUGCUCAAAAGAGACGCAUACAAAAAGAAAAUAAAGAUAACAGCUAAUUUUUAAAAAAGCAAGGAAAAUGACAAAAUGAUACUAAACCUCAGUCAGCCUAUGUACUUAAAACCUUUUAAAGUAUAAAGCACAGAGUUAAGCAUACGCUGUAUGUGAACUGCUCACGUGUGGGAUCGAGUAUUUGUGUGUAAACGUGUACUUGCACAUGUAUGUGAUGAAUUCCACUGUCUUGAAGAGGGUCACAGGUGUUGUCUCGGUAUAUGUUAGACUGGUUAAAGAGAAGGUUAUUUUAAAAAGCACUUUAUUUUUUUGAAAUGCCAUGCGUGAAUGAUAGAAAAAAAAAGUACAACUAAAAAUGUAGAUUAAUGCCUUUUAUGCUGUGGAUAAUAUGAUCAUUCAAAUGCAAUAGAAACUAAAACAAUGAGAACAAAUGGAAAUUGUUUGCCUAUUUUUUUUAAGUAUUUAAUUAAAACAUGUCUGUUUUUGUACACAACAGAAUUGUAAUUGAUUUGCUGGAAAGAAUCAAAACUGAGUUGCAGUUUAGUUGUUUUUUAAAAAAAGUGAGAUCAGACCAAGCGAACAGCAACAUUUUUUAAAGAAAAUUACAAGCAGUUUCUGUCUCCCUCUGUGUGAGGGGUGAAAAUAAAAAUACAGUAAACUAACUGUAAUGUGUAAGAGACAGAAUUCUGUCUGUUUAUUUGGAUAUGGCUAACAUUUGCAAUGAAACGAAGGAGUUUGCAUUCAUAAACUUUGCAAAAAUUGGUGAACUAUCUCAGUGUCAAUAAUUUUCUUCUCUGUAAAUAAAGCUGACAAAGAAAAAAAAUCAUUAUAGUUAAGUUUUUGAUCGUAGUUUUUAAAAUUAGGUUUUUAAAUGAAUAAAUACUGUAUGCUGAAUUGGGUAUACCAGAACAGUCAACUUGAGCACAUGUAGUGCAGUGAAGAGUCAUCAUAUUUAUUGAUAACUUAUUAAUAAAGCUACAAUAAGUGUUCUGGGAUACAAUCCAGGACAUUUGGUGGGAUACAUGCUAAAAUCAUAAUAACCCAACACUGGUAUACAAGAUGCUUUCUUUAUAGCUUGAAGUGAUAAACAUGAAUAAAGAUGAUGUGUUCCUCG